UCGCUGUUUGCACACCGCUCCUGUAGAAGCAGGAGGAUGAACUGAUGGCUCGUAUUUCUUUUGACUUUCAUGUUUUGUUGUUUUGUGUCGCUACUGUUGCGGUUAGUCUCCCUUCCCCUCGCCUCUCGCCAUCCCGCUGGAUGUCUGUAAAAGCGGACUGACUGCAGGUGAAUGUCCGGAGUGUGAGAGCAGUCCUCUGGAUUGAUGCAGGCGGAGAACACGCUUUGAAAAAACCUCCCAUCGCCGAACGACUGCGUGUCCACUGGAUCUGGCUUGCUGCACUGCUAUGACUCUGAGCUGCUGAAGAUUUUGCUUUAAAAAAACAUUUUCUGCCGUCCUUCUCAAAGCCUUCUUGAUUUCUCGAUGGGUUCCCGCAGCCAAGGCUUCUUUCACCACCACCACCAUCGUAACUCCAUGGUGCCCACUCUGGUACCGCGGCUCCUGCCUGAGAACGGCAGCCUGUUGGGGAGCAUCGCCCAAAUCACCCCCAACCUCUUCCUCAGCAGAGGGAACGUGGCCUCCAACCGCAGCGUUCUGCUGUCCAAAGGCAUUACCUGUGUGGUCAACGCGACCAUCGAGCUCCCCAACUUCAACUGGCCUCACAUGGAGUAUGUAAAGGUCCCUUUGGCGGAUAUGCCCCACUCCCCCAUCUCGUUGUACUUCGACAGCGUGGCUGAUAAGAUCCACAGCGUGGGACGGAAGCGAGGGGCCGUGCUGGUGCACUGUGCGGCAGGGGUGAGCCGCUCUGCCUCUCUGUGUCUGGCGUACCUCAUGAAGUAUCAUCGUGUGUCUCUGGCCGAGGCCCAUGCCUGGGUCAAAGCCCGCCGCCCAGUCAUAAGGCCCAACGGGGGCUUCUGGCGCCAGCUCAUUGAGUACGAGAGGAAGCUGUUUGGCAGAAACUCCGUUAAGAUGGUGCAGACGCCCUACGGGGUCAUACCUGAUGUUUAUGAGAGGGAUCGCAGGAGCCUGGCACCGUACUGGGGCCUGUGAGAUCCACAGUGUGGGGAACGAGGAGGAAGUGAAGUUGAGCCCUUUGGCCCUCCUGAUCUGCAGCUUCAUGUUUGUUCAGGACCGGCUAAGUGAGACGUGUGCAAGCGUACAUCUGUGUGAGGCUUAUUUGAAGAAUCCUGGUUGCCUUAGGAUGGAGAGAGUCUUAACCAAACACUGGUUGUUGAGGCUGUUCGUCCAACCAGUUCCUCAAUGUAGUCUGUGGGCAGGAACAAUGUGACUCUUGAUAAGGACCACAAUGAUGUCAGCAUGGAUAUCGGUGCCGUUUAUCUCCUGGUCCAUCUUUUUAGUUCCAUUGGAGGAUGAGCACAAGGUGAAGCUGUUCUGAGUUUGAGGCAAUGCAGCUCUGACAGUGUUGUGACUGAAGUCCUUUCCUGAUGUAAUGAUGUCAUGUGGUGGUCUUGUCCCAGUUCUGCAGUUAUCUUUAGUGUGCAAGGGCAGCAGCAUUCUCUCAAUGUACGGUAGCAUUUAAGAAACGUGUAGAGAUAUAAUGUUGACAAUUUUUUUUAUUGGAAUAUGAUUACGGUGAGGAACAAAAAGCAUUCUUUAACUGAAUUUUUAAAGAUGUUAUUAUACCUACCUUUUUUAAAGGUGAAAAUCUGGAAGAUGUAAGCUGAAAGUCAAGGGUUAGCUCCUGUGUACCACAGGGUUGAUUGUAAAAUCCUGUGACUACACUAUGUUAUUGUAGUGCUUUUGAUGCUGUUUAAAAAAGAUGUACAUCUGCUGCCUCAAGGGGAACUGGUAGCUCUAUGUUAGAUGCUUUGAAGAAUAUUUUUCAUCCCACUUGUUUUUGCCAAAAAUAUCAGAGCAUUUUCUUUUGCUCUAAAAGAGGGAUGUCACACAAGCCGAAGGUCCUAAAUCUGCUGGUAUUUGUUGGUUGACAUUUUUACUUUGCUGCAUGUCCUGUUUGAAAAUCUAAAAUCACUAUUUAGCACUUCAGUUUUAGGGGUGUGAUAAAAAAAAAAAGAAUACUUCAGUAAAUCACAAUACACCCUAUCAU